AUGCAUAAAGAUGAGAAGGUUAAAGAGAACCCUAACAUUUCCUAUCAAUCCCUUAAAGCUAACUUUCCGUCUUGGUUGAAGCAACAUGUUACCAAAUUGUGUUUGGCUGGUUCCCUUAAAGCGCGAGACCAUUUACAUGUAUUAGGGUUAGGGGCAGACACACGCGUCACUAGGUACAACGACAUCCUCUUUAAUGGUGUUCGUUACCAAGUUUUUGACCCAAAACAAACCCAUAGGACUCAGAACAGCGGUUUAUUUGUGGAAGGGGCUCAUAAUGGAGAGAAUAUUGACUUCUACGGUGUGCUAGUUGACAUAUAUCAACUGACCUACUGCUAUGGUAAUCGGGUUUUUGUGUUCAAAUGCGAUUGGUGGAAUGUAGGAGAUGGCAGACAUGGGAUACGCUCAGAUAGGUUCAUUACUAGUGUUAAUAUGGGUAGAAAAUGGUAUCAAAAUGAGCCUUAUAUAUUGGCUGGUCAAGCGAAUCAGGUAUUUUAUAUACCUGAUAUAAAGAUUGGUGGUGCUUGGCAUAUUGUUAUCAAGGUUACUCCCCGACACGUGUAUGAUGUUCCUGAGAAGGAGGAAGGGGAAAUCAAUGAUCCUGUGUAUGCAAGUGAGGCGUUUCAGCAAGAAGAGAGUGGUGUUGGCAAUGUGAUUCAAGUGCAGGACACGGAGUUGGAUGACCUGAAUCGUGCAAACGAGGCUCCCACAAUGGUCAGUGAGAGCGUUAUUAAAAAAAGGGUUGUUGUACUCGACACAGAGGAUACAAUGGAGGACAAAGAGGAUGACACAUUAGCUGAUUUUGAUGAUGUUUUGGAGGGAGCAGCAGCUAAUAACCCUUUGGACGAAAUCGACAGUGACGAUGAAUAUGACAAGUCACCGAGGGGUAAAGGGAGGUCUAAGAGGGGUGAAGGGGUGUCUCCGAGGGGUGGAGGGAGAUCUCCGAGGGGUGAAGGGGUGUCUCCGAGGGGUGAAGUGGUCUCUCUGAGGGGUGAAGAUCGGGUGUCUCCGAGGGUUCCAAGGAGGACUACUGAACCUAUAGAGGAGAUUGACGAGAAUGCAGAUAAUACUGCCACAUCCAUGCCUAAACAACCGGAAAAGACAGGUGGCCGAAAGAGGGGGCUGACCAAAGAAGUUGGUGUCGUUGCUCGUAUGAUGGCUCCCAUAAGGAAGUACUAUUGGACUGAGUUGACUGAUGAAGACAAACACCCUAUGUUUGUGAAACUAGAGAGCGAGUUUGCAUUUGCCUCAACUAAGGAAGAGGUGAGGAAGGCUUUAGAUAAGAAAAUCCACAAACGCUUCUUGAACUACAAGUACACCUGUCAUAAACACUACAAGGAACAGGAAGACCCGACCAAUGCUCGUCUGAACCCUCCAGAAGGAGUGAAACAGGAAGACUGGGAGGCCCUCUGUGAGCACUUUGAGAGUGAUCGAUUCAAGGGGCGGAGCACAAAUAACAUACAAAACAAGGCUAAGCAGCAGUAUGCUCACACUACUGGGCCAAAAUCCCAUGACCAGAGAGUGUAUGAAAUGGAGCAAAAUAAGCUGGCUGCACAAGCAGCUCAAACGGAGCAGGUAGAUGACCAGGAUGCUGAGGAUGAUGAUGCGGUGCUCGUUGACAUUGAGUUGUAUGCCAACACACACAAGAAGGAAACUGAUGGUACUUGGGUGAGUGAGGAACCGAAAGCGAAUUAUGAGGCGAUGCUGGCCCUCCAUGCCCAAGCAAAGGCAGAUGGGAAUCCGCUGCUGGGUCGUGACAUCGUUCAGAAGGUCUUGCGGAGGAAGCUCAAGUAUGGACCUAAAGAAGCAGUGAGGAAGUCGGCAAUAGAAGUUCAGCUGGAAGCUGAAUUGGCAGCAGCAAAGGCAGAGGCGGAAAGUAAGACCAAGGAGUUGGAGGCCAAGCUGGUAGAGCAGGAUGAGAAGAUUAAAGCUCGGGAUGAGUAG